CCUGGUGAUGCAGCCUUACAAGUGUUUAAGUAUGAUGGUAGUAUGGGUGAUUUUGGAUCUUAUCUGGACUCUGAUAUGUCGUUGAUGGAACAAGAGGAUGAACUCGAAAUUCUUAAAGCUGAUCCGUGUGUUUUGCUCACUUUUUUUGAUCUCUUUCCGUUGAUCAACUUUUCGUUGAUCAGUUUAUAUUGCAUCAAGUGCUGGUUCAUUUGA